AAAUAUACUAGUCGAUUGGAAAACUAUCAUGUGAUCUGUUCUAUGCAAUUGGGUCAGCCGACAGUGGCCUAUACAGCCCUUCACCAACUAUAAAAGCAACGACUUGGAAGAGAAACAGUAUCAGUUGUUUCACACAAUCGAAUUCAACAUGAAGCUGUUUAUCAUCGCCGCUGUCUUGGCCGUUGCUGCCGCCGCUCCUUCCAGCUACAAGACGGAGGAGAAGAAAUACGAAAAGGACUACAAAUACCCAGAGAUCGUCGUCACCGGCCAAUCUGAUGAGCGCAAUCUCGAUGGAAGCAGCCAAUGGAACUACGCCCAAUCCGACUACGCUACCCGUGCCGAAUCCCAGGCCCAGAAGAAAUUCGUCGUCACCAAAGUCGAUGACUACGGCAAAGAAACCAAAGAGGAAGUCUACGGUAACACCAACCAGGGAUCUUCCUACUGGGUUUCACCUGAAGGCGAGAAAUUCACUUUGACCUGGGCCGCUGAUGAUGCUGGAUUCCAGCCCGCUGGUGCCCACUUGCCCGUCGCUCCCGUCCAUGUCUACGAGCUCCCAGUUGCUCCCGUUCAUGAAUACGAACUCCCCGUCGCUCCCGUCCACGAAUACGAACUCCCCGUUGCCCCAGUCCACAUUCCCUUCAACGGAAAGGGCUACAAAAUCUAUUAAAUUAUAAUACUUUGACCGAAUAUGAACUGUAUCCAUCUGUAUUCGAUGAAUUGCCAUUGAACAAGGUGGUGUAAAUAUAAAAUAUCACACUUCAAAAAAGUCGUUUUACUUUUCUAUGCUCUCCAAUCAUUCGAACACGGAGAGAUGUACACAUUACAUUAAUUCAAUACCUCUCAAUUAUGACCUAACGGAAUAAAUUUAAGGAAGAAUGCUA